AUGGCCCUCACCCUACCUCCACCUGCCCCGCAUCCUGACGCGAACCGAUGGCCUUCCCGCGCUUUAAGCUCCGCCCACGAGUUCAAGCCCAGACCGAGGAGUUUGGAGCAACUUUCCACGACUGCUUUGCACCAAAAAAACAGCGUGAAAAAUGUGCCAAGCCGGGAAAGCGAUCGGAAAACCCCAGGGGGUGGUGGUAUACGGGUGAGUCCAGACAGAAGGGAGGUGCCCUGGUUCAGUAAGGAUGACGUUCAGAAGAUGAAGCUGCUUGCUGGAGGAAAGCCUGUGACCAAGGCUAGGGUCCCAGCGCACGGACAAGUUCUUCAGGUGGCACUGGAGAUGCCUGGCCAAACACAGACACGGGGGAAGACAUUUGAGGACUCUCCAUCUCUGUCCCACACCGAGCGCUGCCACAGGGGGCAGUGUUCUCUGGUCAAAAGACAAGAGGACUGGUUUGAGGUCUUCGCUUUUCACUUGGACCGGGUUUUGGGGCUAAACCGAAGUCUCCCUGCUGUACUGAGGUCAUUCCACAGCGACAUCCUCCCAUAUCGAUACAUCCGAGGGGCGCCCAGGCCCGUAGUGUGGUGGGACCCUGAUAUAAGACACUUGGAGGACAAUAACAACGACCAAAACUCUGUCCCGUUGAGCCACGUUCAGUAUCAGAAGAUGCUGAAGGCUCGAUGUGGGAUAAGGACUGACCUACAUGAGGAGCCGUGUGUUGGGGUGCAUCACUCAGAGUGGAGCAGGCUGGUACUGUUUGACUUCUUACUACAGGCAGAAGAAGAGGAGUUCGUGUCAGAGGAGGGAGAGGAGCAGGCCGAGGAGGGAGAGGAGCAGGCCGAGGAGGGAGAGGAGCAGGCCGAGGAGGGAGAGGAGCAGGCCGAGGAGGGAGAGGAGCAGGCCGAGGAGGGAGAGGAGCAGGCCGAGGAGGGAGAGGAGCAGGCAGAGGAGGGAGAGGAGCAGGUCAAAGAGGGAGAGGAGCAGGCAGAGGAGGGAGAGGAGCAGGCCGAGGAGGGAGAGGAGCAGGCAGAGGAGGGAGAGGAGCAGGCCGAGGAGGGAGAGGAGCCGGCCGAGGAGGGAGAGGAGCAGGCCGAGGAGGGAGAGAAUUGGAGGGCGAGCAAGACAACGCAUUUCCAUUACAGAUGA